AUUUUCGUAUCAGAACGCAAUAUAGUUAUAGAAGUAUGUUUGGUUUUAAAAAGAAAAUAAAUUAUUUAAAACAUCGAUUCCACUGUAUGUAGUUUCACAGAUUCGUUAAUUUCUGACCCCAAAUUGUUCAUACAGAGAUGAAGCCACUCGUAAUCAAUUUUAUAACUUAACCUUUUAAGUUCAUCGACUUUACUUAUGGAUUUUCUACCUCGCUUGGUAUUUCUUUAUAAACAAAAUUUAAAGGAAAUAAAACUAAAAAAACAAGCGUUUGUAUAAGGGAUAUUCUAAUGAUUUACAUUAAGAGUUACAUUGUGAAAUUUUCUUUAAUAUUCCAUCACAAUCUAUUUAUAUAUUGUAUCUUUACAUAUAAAAAUUACCAUCUAGAACCAAAGUACUCGAAAGGUGUAACGAGCCGUGACUUUGGAGUUGUGUGGUCUAUUAACUCUGAAUUUAUAUGACCAGAUCCUACCUAAUUACUAUUAAAAAACUACUCAAAAAGUUUUAAACAAGCCCAAACUGGUUGAGGGUUUGUUGUUUUAUUACGAAAUUCAUAUUCGAGCUCCAUCAUUAAAUCAGCAUAAUGUUAUAUUGCAUCGUCGUGAUUUACACUUGUAUGCAAGUUUCAGCUCAAUCGAUAACUGAGAAGUGGAUCAAAAUUAAAUUCCCAGAUAUGCUGACCAAUACGGGAGUUGGCGACAAGUGUAUAGUCAAUAAUCAAGAAGCAACUUGUAUGUUAAUUUCUAAUUGCGUCGCUGCUUUGAGAGAUGUCCGCAAUACUGAACGCCAUCUCCUGCCGAGGUGCGGCUUCAAAAAUGAUGCUGAAAUCGUCUGUUGUCCUCCUGAACCAGCGCCCGAGAAGAUUCCGUAUGUGUUGUCCUCAAGACUUGGUGUUAAAACAUUAAGACCGGCCGAUAAAGCUUGUAAAAAAAUAACUGAAACUUACGACCCGCCGUCUGCAAUAUACAUUAUUGGCGGCACAUCUGCCGAGCAAGGGGAAUUCCCGCAUAUGGUGGCGUUGGGGUACCUUAUUUCGAGUAGAGACGAGUACUCCUUCUUAUGCGGUGGUUCCCUGAUAACGACUCAAUACGUAUUAACAGCAGUACACUGCGUUCACACUACAGAGCGGAUAGAACCGACGAUGGUGCGAGUGGGUGUUCUGAACAUAACUGGAUCCAAGUGGAACGAUGAAACGGAUUACGAAAUUGAUAUUAUUCACGUACAUCCAAACUACAAGAGAUCCCGAAAGUAUCACGAUCUGGCUUUAAUUAGAUUGAUAUCCCCGAUCCGUACGUCGCGCAAUGCAUUUCCCGCCUGCUUGUACACAUCCGCCGUAGAGCCCACAACAUCACUUUAUAUUACCGGCUGGGGAAAGACCGAUGUAACAAGGGCAGGCACAAGCAAUAUUUUACUAAAGGCUAUGAUACAAAUAGUGUCCCGUGAAUAUUGCAAUACUUUGUACACGACAACGCGUAAAUUACCUAAAGGCAUAAUGGACGGCCAGAUAUGUGCCGGAGACUCUAAAGGCGUCACUGACAGUUGUCAGGGUGAUUCAGGCGGCCCUCUACAAGGACUAACUGAUACGGACGGCCAUUACCGUAUCGUUGGUGUAACUUCAUUUGGCAGCGGAUGUGGUUCUGCUGUACCCGGCGUCUAUACCCGAAUCUACAAGUACCUCCACUGGAUUGAGAGCCUCGUUUGGCCAUCCGAUUUAGCACGAAUAACUAGUACCUUGUAGUUACCUUGAAAUAUAUAAAUAUCAAACAA